AUGCUAGCUAUGAGCAAAUACAAGCUGCACCGUGAUGAAAAAAUUGCCGAGCGAAAGAAGGCUGACAAGGAGCGAAAAUCAAAGUAUGCGUUGGAUAUAAUCAAAGCACACAAGAGAAGAGAACUAGAACAGCAAAGCAGGGAAGAACGACUGCAGCAGAAGGAGAGAGCACAAGAAGGAGAUGAAUUUGCUGACAAAGAGGUAUUUGUAACUGGAGCAUACCGAAAGCAAAUGGAAGAAGUCCAGAAGUUCCGUGAGGAAGAGGCUUACGAGAAGAGAUUUAACGAGCUAACAUCAGUGGAGCAUCAGAAAGCUUGGCAAGCUGGCUUUGGGCGCACUCUGUUGAAUGAAUUAGCUAGAGGAGAGCAAAGUUUGAUGCAAAAAGGAUCACUUCAUAAUGACGAUGGAGAGGGUGCAACGACUGCCAAGGAGAAAGAGACUACUGCGAGUAAAACGAAAAUUCGCAACGUACGGCGCAGAAAUGUUAGUGAUCAACAGUCGUCUGAUGAGGAAGCGGAUGCGGCUCCGAAGAGCUCGCAACCAAAGGGCUCGAAAACGAAAACUGCGGAGAAGAAGUCGAUCUAUUCCGACGACGAGGAUGACAGUCAGCCUAAGUUCGAACCACCUAAGAGGAACUUCCCUGGGGAAUUGAAACCGGGUUUGAAUCGGGUAGUGAAAGCUCCAACGAAAUCCGAGAAGUUGAAAGAGCGUCAGUUCACUCCCACACCGCCGUCUUCUGACGAUGAGGAUAAGCAUCACCAAAGGAGAAGAAGAGAAAAAACAGAAGAGAAACUGGAUAAGCGGCGUAUAAGUAAUGAUCGCAAGGAGAGUACAGAUUCUCUUAAGAAGAGAAUAGAGCCGAAAAAGGAUGACAAACAACAGCGAUUGAUUCGUUUGAAGGAGAUAUUGAAACAGCGUAAUGGUCCAGAACAAAUCGAGGAGUUCAGGAGACGGUAUUUGGAAAGGAAGGAAAGCGGAAUCGUCGUACCUCCUUUGUAA